AUGGAGUGGAACUCGCUGCUGAUGCUGCUGGAGGCCGCCGAGUACCUGGAGCGGCGCGAGCGGGAGGCCGAGCACGGCUACGCCUCCGCGCUGCCCUUCGAGCGGGCCUGCGCCCGGGGGAGGACCGCCGCCAGGAAGGCCCCCAGCAGCCGGUCCUCACAUAAUGAAUUAGAAAAACAUAGCUGUGGAACAGCUGAGCCAAAACUAUCCAAAGACCAGAUUUUGACUGGAGAUGGAGGGAAGCAAAAAUUGGAAGAACAGGACCGGAAAGCUCUAAACAUUAAAGAACAACUGCAGCGAGAACAUCGGUACCUCAAGCGUCGAUUGGAGCAGCUCUCCGUGCAGGGCCUGGAGCGAGUCCGCACCGACAGCCUCGGAUCAACGAUAUCGACGGAUUCGGAGCAAGAGGUGGACAUUGAAGGCCUGGGCUUCACCCCGGCCGAGAUGGACAGCAGCGGGAGCGGCAGUGACGCAGAAGACAGCUUGCAAGGCAGCUCGAGCGACAGCGGCUACGCCCGGCCCCACAGACGCCACGCCCGGCUCCUGUAG